AUGGCAGCCCGAUCUCCUGCAUCUUCGUCAGUCGCGCCCGUAAAGCGAAAGCCCGCAGAUAUUUCAGCCUCUUCAGCCUCUGCCGCAUCUGUACAAAUCGUCCCGGCAUCUUCCUCUAGCCCCGCGGCCGCCCCUCCUUCUGGUUCCAGCUCUUCUUCCCGUGCUCCAGUCACCGCAGCCACCACCACCGGCACCACCCUGACAACAGCCAACAGCACCAUGAACAACAAUCACAACAACCACAAUCACAACCACAACCACAGCAACAGCUUUUCCAGUUCAGUGCCUCUCGGACCCUCUUCUGGUGCUUCACAACUACCGCUUGGAUCCUCGGGUUCCGCUAAGUCCCUCGGACCACCGCACUUUUCAGUUGCCGGUGGAAGCGGUAAUGGUGGGCCAUCAACAUCCUACAAGACCUACUCCUCCGUGGCCUCUUCUCAACCCCCAGUACGCGCGCAAAACACUGGCACCACCACUCCUGCGGGUUCAGGGGCACACCACCCAACUGCUUCGGCCGCAGGAGUUGCAGGUGUAGGUACUAAUCCCACUUUUGAAAAUGUAGCCCAAAGACACUCGGCUACUGGUGCUGGUGCUGCUCCUCAGCAAACAUCUCAGGCUCAUUUGCAACAGCCCAUAGCCCCGGUCGAAGUCAAGAUCUUUAGUGCGCAUGGCAAACGCAUUCUCUGCGUGGCUGAAAUCCGUGGUAAGCUCUCAAAGCUUAAUGCCAUGGCAAAGAAGUACAAUGCUUCCUGCAUCAUCCAUUCAGGGAACUUUGGGUUCUUUGAUUCAAAUUCCAUCAGCAGAAUAUCUUUAAAAAUUAUAAAACAACUCUGUGUCUUUUCUCCUCUCUUAGAUACCAAGACUCUCCCCCAGGAUCCAGAGGAAAUCAAAAAGACCAUCGCCCCAGAUUCCCUUUCAGAACUCCCCAGCUUCCUCUCUGGUGCCCAGCGUCUUAACGUCCCCGUUUAUACCAUCUAUGGCGCCGCAGAAGAUCUUACUGUUCUGGAAAAGUUCAAGGAAGGCACUUACAAAGUCCCCAACCUUUACAUUAUAGAUGAGGCCACCACCCAUGCCAUACAAACUCCUUCUGGCUUGACUCUUCGACUCUUUGGUCUCGGAGGGUCUUUUGUCAAUCACCGUCUGUUUGACCAUGGUGACGGUACACUCUCCAUCGCCGGUUCUCCUGGUGUCAUGUGGACCACAGUUCUGCAAAUGGGCCAGCUCAUUUCAACAGUCAAAAGAUCCUUUGAUCCCACAGAAGUACGCAUCUUUGUGUCCCAUCCAUCUCCAUCUCGUGAAGGUCUUUUGGCUCAGCUCGCUCUUUCUCUUCGUUCAGACUUUACAAUCUCUUCAGGGCUCCAUUUCCUUUAUGGAUCUUCUUUCAAUGAAACUUCCGCGCUUCCAUCCAUCGACCACUUUAAGGGUCUCUUGGCUUCCUCCCGCGCUCAAUUUAUGGAGCUCUGGAACGCUGUCAAGACUCCACUUUUCAGUCUUGUUGACGAAGCACAGAAGCAACAGCUCAUGUUGGCCUACGAAACUUUUGAAGCAAUGCCUGUUUCUCCAGCAGAUUCUAAAUCUACCACCACUAACCCUUCAGCCAACCCAUCCACAGCAAACCUUUCUCACCAUCAACCAUUAGACUACAUUGAGGUGGCUUUCAGAAACAUGUGGCAUUUCAAUCUCUGCGACGCAGAAUAUGGUGCCCUUGUUCUUAAUGUUGCUGGUGGACGCGUCUCUAGCGAAUCCUACUCCGAAGGCUUUAAUUUCCAGUAUAGAUUCCCCCGUGCUCAAACUGCCGGAAUAACCGCUACCACUGCUAUUGUGUCAGUACCAAACUCAAACAGCAAUAAUCAACAAGCUACAGCAGCCACUCAAGCAGCACAACAGAUAACUACACCCACAACCACAGCUGCAACUCUCAAUACUUCUCUGGAUAAAUCUUCGCGGUACCCUGCAAAGUCUAUCUUGAAAAACAACUCAUCAGCCACAUCCACAUCUCCAUCUUCAAAGCUGGAAUCAAAAAGACCCGUCCAAACUGUACCUGCUGUUGCCGAAACCACCCUCCCCAAUGGCGAAAUUGUAGAGCUCCCCGGUGUUUGGGUCCCCAACGGUCUCCCCGGCCGCGAAGAGGUUCAAAACUACUUCCAUCCAGAUGACCAAAAGAACAUUCGCGCCAUUGUUCUUAAAGACAACUACAUGAACCGCGACAAGAUGUUUGCGCUUGUUUACUUUUCUACCGAAGAGCAAGCCAUUCGCUCACUGGAACGUAUCAACAGGGAAAAGGCAGGCAAGGCAUCCAUUAUUAAAAGUGGUGGCGGCAGCAGCACUUCCGGAGGAUCUCGAAGCGAGGGCAGAUCAGCACCUCUUUCUUCCACUUCAUCGUCUUUAGGUAUCACCAACGGACGCGGCAGUCAUCGUAGUGGCCCUAGUACUAGCAGUUCGACUGCUGGUAACAGUAGUAGUAAUAGCAGCUGGGGUCCUUCAUUGUCGUUAUCAUCAUCCUCGUCACGCGGUAGAGGCGGAUUACACCGUGGCCGCAGUGAAAGAGGCGAACCGCGACACUCCACACGUGGAAGCGGCCGCUCGGCGCCGAGCGGUAGCGUGGGAUCUUCGACAACCUCAUCAUCUCCUGCUGCUUCUGCGUCAACCCAGUCAGCGUCUGAAUCUGCGUCCGCGUCUUCGACUGCAACCAGCCCUAGCUCUGCCCCCACCAAAAGUGAGCCUGCAGCUGUUGCCAAUAAGGCGUAA